GGGAGGGGGAUGCUAAGAGCCCCUGCGCUGGGCGGGGGUGCACAGACUGGGAUGAACGGGGGUGUGCGGUGCUGCCCUGGGGGGCUGGCCAGGGAGCAGGGGCCGGUUGGGGUGCGGGGGUCGGGGCCGGGGGGGGACGGGACUGUACCGGGGCUGCGGGAGCUCCGCCAGCUUUCGGUUUCUCUUUGUGUCCGGGGCCGGGGCUCCCUGGGGGGGGGCUCCCGACAGGUCCCGGUGCCGCGGCCGGCGGGAUCCCCCCUCGCUGGGGCUCCGGCAGGAGGAGGCGCCGCCCGCAGUUUCGUUUCCCGGCCGGGCCGGGGAUGGGGGAGCGGCGGAGCGGGAUGGAGCUGCGGGGGUACCAACGGGAGGCGGUGGGGCCGGCGCUCCGCGGCCGCAACAGCAUCGUCUGGCUGCCCACGGGCGCCGGCAAGACCCGGGCCGCCGUCCACGUCUGUCGGCAGCACCUGGAGAGCCGGCCGGGCCGCAGGGUGGCCGUGCUGGUCAACAAGGUGCACCUGGUGGAGCAACACGCCAAGAAGGAGUUCCACGUGCUGCAGAAGGACUUCAGGGUGACAGCCAUCAGCGGGGACAGUAGCCACAAGACCUUCUUUGCCUGCGCGGUGAAGGAGAGCGACGUCGUCAUCUGCACGGCCCAGAUCCUGCAGAACGCGCUGGCCAGUGGGGAGGAGGACACGCGCGUGGAGCUGACGGAUUUCUCGUUGCUGGUGAUCGAUGAGUGCCACCACACGCACAAGGAAGCCGUCUACAACAAAAUCAUGCUGAAUUACCUCCAGCGCAAGCUCAGCGGGCAGCAGGACCUGCCACAGGUCCUGGGCCUGACGGCGUCCCCUGGCACCGGGGGGGCAACCACCUUCGAGGGGGCUGUAGAGCACAUCCUGCAGAUCUGCGCCAACCUGGACACCGAGAAAAUCAUGUCAGCGCAGGAGGAGCUGCAGCAACUGCAGAGCCACGUCCCCCAGCCCAGGAAGCAGUACGACCUGUGCCAGGAGAGAGCGCAGGACCCCUUUGGCGAGCGGCUGAAGAUGAUGAUGAGGCGGAUCCAGCAGUACAUGGAGGUGCCCGGCCUGCCGCAGGACUUUGGCACGCAGGUUUACGAGCAACGCAUCGUGGAGCUGGAGAAGAGAGCGGCAGAGACGUUUUGUCGCAAGACGCGGGUGUGCGCGCUGCACCUGCGCAAGUACAACGACGCUUUGCUGAUCAACGACACGGUGCGGAUGAUCGACGCCUUCCAGUGCCUCCAGCAGUUCUACGCCUCCGAGCGGGACACGAAGGACCCCACCGAACAGUUCCUCACCGCCACGUUUGAGGAGAACAGGACGGGCCUGCAGGCGCUCGCCGGCGACCGGCGCUAUGAGAACCCCAGGCUGGGCAAUCUGGAGGAGAUCCUGCGGGAGCACUUCCAGCCCCUGGGGGCUUCUCGCGGCAUCGUCUUCACCAAGACCCGGCAGAGCGCCCACAGCCUGCUCAGCUGGCUGCAGGACACGGCCGCGCUCCACGGGCAGCACAUCAGGGCUGCCGUCCUCACCGGCGCCGGCUACAGCAACCAGACCAGGCACAUGACGCAAAACGAGCAGCAGGACGUGAUCAAGCUGUUCCGCGAGGGAGCCCUCAACCUGCUCUUCUCCACCAGCGUGGCCGAGGAGGGGCUGGAUAUCCCCCAGUGCAACAUUGUGGUCCGCUACGGUCUGAUGACCAACGAGAUCGCCAUGAUGCAGGCCCGGGGCCGUGCCCGUGCCGAGAACAGCGUCUACUCGGUCCUCGCCAAAGCCAACAGCAGAGAGGUCUCCCGCGAGCUGCUCAACGAGGACCUCGUGGAGCUCAUGGAGCGGGCGAUCAGAGCGGUGCAGGCCAUGCCCGAGCAGGAGUACCGCCUCAAGAUCAGGGAGCUGCAGCGAGUGGCGGUUGCCAGCUGGCUGAUGAAGGAGGCCAGGAUCAGCGAGAGGCGGCAGCUGCAUGACCCCGAUGCUGUUUACCUCUACUGCGUCAACUGCAACACGGCGGUGUGCCGCGGCAGCGACCUCCGCACCGUGGAGGGCAUGCACCACGUUAACGUCAACCCCAACUUCGGGUUGUAUUACAGAGUUUCCGCUGGGAAGCUGCAGUUCCAGCGGACUUUCAAGGAUUGGGAGCCCGGCUGCCGCAUCGUGUGCAGUGAGUGCAGCCAGGACUGGGGAAUGGAGAUGAUCUACCGGCACGUGAAGCUGCCCAUCCUCUGCAUCAAAAACUUCGUGGUGGAGACACCGGCUGAAAAGAGGAAGUAUAAGAAGUGGAGCGCCGUGACGUUCCCUGUCAAGGAGUUUGACUAUGUGGAGUACUGCUCCAGCACCUAUGGCCAGUCCUUCUAGCAUGGGCUGUGCUCAGAAGAGGACUAUUCUCUGCGACAGUGGGACCCUUCCCUGCACCCUUGGCGUGGGACCCUCCCUCCAGGCCCGUGCAGACAGAGAGCCAAGGCUCGUUCCUCUUUUCCUCACUGCACUGAGCUGCCGCAAGCACAUCCCUUGCCAGAGCCCGCGACUGCAGGAGGAGACUUUGCUGUGCCCACGCAGAAAGGACGAGACACGGGGAUGGGAAAGCACCCGGACCCUUCCCUGCCCGCUGGUGGCUUCUCCUCAUGCUGCUGCCGUCCCCUCCUGCCCCCCAGUGCUGCCAGGCUCGGGGGGUGUCUCCACAGCCAAUUAGCCACCCUGCCAGGUGAACCAGCCAUUUCUCAUGGGCUCGGGACACGGCCCAGUGUUUCUCGGGCAGCCUGCCGCCUGCUUUGCGAGUUUGAUGGUCCUCCAUUAAAAAUAUUUAUGUGCGCUGGGAAGGAAGGAAGCG